CCGCCGCCGCCGCCGGCCCCGCCGCCCGGACGCGCUUCCCCGAGCCGAGGCCGCUUCCGGGGCAGCGCCGGGGCCGCUCUGCGCCGGCCUCGCUGGUCUGGGUCCGCCCGGAGCCGCGGGGGCCGCGCCGACCGCCGACGUCAUGUCUGAGGAAGACAGUGGUGAAAAUCUGAAAGAUGAAACCUCUUACAAAGCUGAAAAUGAACAGAAGACAGAGGAACUGGGCUGCUCUGAGAGCAGUGAAGGGAGACAACAAGAGACUGUGCCUGUGACUCGAAAAAGACCUGAACCCAAGCCCCCAAGCCAGCCUGCUGUCACAGAGAAGCCUGCAGGUGAAACCAUCAAGGUCUCAGAUCCUCCUGCAGUUCAGACAGGGUGGGGCUACUGGGGAAGCUGGGGGAAAUCUCUUCUGUCAACUGCGUCUGCUACCGUAGCUACUGUAGGUCAAGGUAUUUCAAAUGUCAUAGAAAAAGCAGAAACAACCCUUGGGAUCCCCAGUCCUAGUGAAAUCUCUUCAGAGUCUAAAGAUGGUGUGAGAGGAAGUGAGAAUCCUGCUGCCAGCAACGCUGAUGCAGCUGAUGAUGGCAGCUCCUUCCCUAUUGCUGGGGCUCUUGAAGUUUUAUCAACCAUCUCUACUGCUGUCCAAAGCACAGGUAAAAGUGUUAUUAGUGGAGGUCUGGAUGCCUUGGAAUUCAUCGGCAAAAAGACAAUGGAUGUAAUAGCUGAGGGAGACCCUGGAUUCAAAAAAACAAAGGGCCUAAUAAACAGAACCUCUACAUUAUCUCAGGUCUUACGAGAAGCAAAGGAGAAAGAAGAGCAGCAGACAGCUACCGAGGUUACCAUGGCUACUGAGAAGAAAGCCCAUUAUGGGUUACUGUUUGAUGAGUUUCAGGGUCUUUCGCAUCUGGAGGCCUUAGAGAUGCUUUCCAGAGAGAGUGAAUCAAAGGUGAAAGCAGUUCUGAAUACCCUCUCUGGAGAGAAGUUGGACACACUGAAGGAGGAAAUGGAACAACUCAAAGAAGCAUUUUCUUUGCCUGAAUUCUUUGAAGAAGAAGAGGAAGAAAAGAAGGGAGAUGAAGAGUUCACAAAAGAAGUGACAGAGUUGUUUUCAGAACUGCACAUCUCCUCCACGCCAGACAAAGUGAUCAUGGUGAGGACAUCUGCUCAUGUGUGGGUAGCACAAUUCAACAGCAGUCUUCCUAAAGAGGAAAAAGAAAAUGAAGAAAACCAAGAAGUAGAAUCCAGAGAUGGUGACCAGGAUGCUAAGAAGUCAGUAGAGGAUAUUCAUGCAUUUGCCAUAAGAAGCCUGGCAGAACUGACAGCCUGCUCCAUUGAAAUGUUUCACAAAACUGCAGCUUUGUUUCUCUAUGGUCAGAAACAGGAGGUGACAGCCACAGACAGAGCCAAGUCCCUGUCACAAUUGACUAUCAUGCUGUGUAAAGAACUGUCAGCUUUCUCUAAAGAGUUCACAACAUGCUUAACAACUGCAGGGGUCAAAGAGAAAGCAGAUGUGCUUAAUCCCUUAAUCACUGGAGUGUUUUUGGAGGCUUCAAACAGUGCUUCCUAUAUCCAAGAUGCCUUCCAGCUCUUGCUGCCUGUACUGCAGAUCUCUCUUAUUGAGGCUAGAACGGAACUAUCACAGUAAUAAAAAUCCUUCUAAUUAAGAACUUUUUGACCUUCCCAGUUCGUAGUUUCCAUGCUGGAGAAUGAUGUAAUGGCUCUUAUUAAAGGGAAAAAGAUGAACUCUGCUCA